AUGUUCAUCCCCAAGAUCCCUACCAAGGAUUCGCCUGACUCGUUUGAAUUCUGGUGGAAAAUGACCACCAGCGCAUUCCUUGUUCUUGCGGGGGGCGUCUUCGCUGGAUUAACAAUUGGUCUCAUAGGGCUCGACGAACUUCAUCUCCGUGUAUUAGCCACCUCAUCAGAGGAAGAGGCGGAACGGACAAAUGCACAGAUUGUGUUGAACCUCAUGCAAAGAGGUCGCCACUGGGUGCUGGUGGUGCUUCUUCUCAGCAAUGUGAUCAUCAACGAGAGCUUGCCAAUCUUUCUUGACAGCGCGGUGAGCACAUUUUCGGCAUAUAGCCCCUCUUGGUCCAGAGUAGAUAGCCUUAUCAAUAAUCAGAUUGGAGGAGGUUUACUUGCUAUAGUAAUUUCAGCGACUGCCAUUGUUUGCGCGAGACACGGUCUCGCCAUUGGCGCACGAUGUGCGCCAUAUGUUCUUCUUCUGAUGUAUCUCUUUGCACCCGUCGCAUAUCCAAUCGCAAAAAUUCUCGACCGUGCCUUAGGAGUUCACGAUGCGCACACCUACAAGAAAGCUGAACUUAAAUCCUUUCUCCAAUUCCACCGUACUGGCCAGGAGCCUUUGCGCGAUGAUGAGAUUGACAUUCUCAACGGCGUCCUAGAGCUCAGCAGUAAGAACGUGGAGAUGGUCGUGACUCCUAUUUGUGUCGGUAUUUCUGAUAAUUCCUUUUGUUGGGCGCUCAGCACUUACGGUGGGUGUUCAUUAUUGCAGGAUGUUGUCAUGUUGAGUUCGGAUACAAUUCUGGACCACUCCACUAUUGACGCUAUCCUUGCCAGCGGCUACUCCCGGUUUCCCGUGCACAAGCCAGGAAAUCCGCUCGCAUUUGUGGGCCUCCUUUUGAUUAAGAAGUUGCUGAUGUAUGACCCCGCACGAGGGCUUCCUGUCUCGCACUUUCCUUUGUCCAUCUUACCUGAGGCCUUACCAUCAAUCAACUGUUUCCAAGCGCUCGAUUAUUUCCAAACGGGACGUGCGCAUUUAUUGUUGAUCAGUCGGACACCUGGUUUACCUGGCGGCGGAAUUGGUGUGAUUACUCUAGAAGAUGUCAUCGAGGAAAUGAUUUCGGAGGAGAUCGUCGAUGAAACUGAUCAGUACGAGGACAACCAGAAUAAGCGGCAUGCUCAGCGUAUGAUCAACGCUACUGUCAUGAGAGACAUUGUUGAACUGGAUAGAAGUGUAUUCACGUGGACACCUACUAUCGAACCCACGCAGGUAAUUUCUGUGAACAUCGAGACCGUGCCCCUCCUUCCUGGGUCAAGCCAGAACGACUUCCCUCAGGCUUAUCGUUAUGUUUAUAAUUCAAUCGGCGAAUUAGAACACUAG